GACGCCAUCUCCAUCUCUGCCAGCAAUUCACUCCCUCCACGACUCCGACGCCGCCUCCCCUCCCCUGGCCUCAUCCGAGUCGCGAUGCUCGACUCUAUCAAUAUCCGUCUUUAUUGUGCCUCACUUGCUAACGUAUAUCUGUACAGAGGAGGUUGCCGCCCUCGUUAUCGACAAUGGGUAAGCUUCCCCGCCGUCUCACCGACCAUUCCGCCUCCUGGGCCCUCGAAGGGAUCUGGCCAAUCGUCAGCCCUCCUGAUAACCCAUUGGCACAUGAUCCAUCGAUACAAAACAUCCUACAAUGAAUAUGGUUCUGACUUGAUUCCAGUUCGGGUAUGUGCAAGGCCGGUUUCGCCGGUGACGAUGCGCCCAGAGCUGUCUUCCCCUCCAUUGUCGGUCGCCCCCGUCACCAUGGUAUCAUGAUUGGUAUGGGCCAGAAGGACUCCUACGUCGGUGAUGAGGCACAGUCGAAGCGUGGUAUCCUGACGCUCCGCUACCCCAUCGAGCACGGUGUCGUCACCAACUGGGAUGACAUGGAGAAGAUUUGGCAUCACACCUUCUACAACGAGCUCCGUGUCGCCCCCGAGGAGCACCCCGUCCUCUUGACUGAGGCCCCCAUCAACCCCAAGUCCAACAGAGAGAAGAUGACCCAGAUCGUCUUCGAGACCUUCAACGCCCCAGCGUUCUACGUCUCUAUCCAGGCCGUCCUGUCUCUGUACGCCUCCGGUCGUACCACCGGUAUCGUUCUCGACUCCGGUGACGGUGUCACCCACGUUGUCCCCAUUUACGAGGGUUUCGCUCUUCCCCAGGCCAUUGCCCGUGUCGACAUGGCUGGUCGUGACUUGACCGACUACCUCAUGAAGAUUCUCGCUGAGCGCGGUUACUCCUUCUCCACCACUGCCGAGCGUGAAAUCGUUCGUGACAUCAAGGAGAAGCUCUGCUACGUCGCCCUCGACUUCGAGCAGGAGCUCCAGACCGCUUCCCAGUCCUCCAGCUUGGAGAAGUCCUACGAGCUUCCCGACGGUCAGGUCAUCACCAUCGGCAACGAGCGUUUCCGUGCUCCUGAGGCUCUGUUCGCUCCUUCCGUCCUUGGUCUUGAGUCUGGCGGUAUCCACGUCACCGUCUUCAACUCUAUCAUGAAGUCCGAUGUCGAUGUCCGUAAGGACCUGUACGGCAACAUUGUCAUGUCUGGUGGUACCACCAUGUACCCCGGUCUUUCCGAUCGUAUGCAGAAGGAGAUCACUUCUCUUGCUCCUUCGUCCAUGAAGGUCAAGAUCAUCGCUCCCCCCGAGCGCAAGUACUCCGUCUGGAUCGGUGGUUCCAUCUUGGCUUCUCUGUCUACCUUCCAGCAGAUGUGGAUCUCCAAGCAGGAGUACGACGAGAGCGGUCCCUCCAUUGUCCACCGCAAGUGCUUCUAAGGUAAGUUGAUGGCGGAGCGAACCUAUAGCGUGCGGCAAAUACUGAUGAGAAUGUAGCGUCUUACUUCCCGAACCACAUUCUCGCCCUUCCGAAAACACAUCGAUUCCAAAGAGGCAACGACCGGUGCAAGGUCUCCAUGGCGUUGCAUAUACCGCAGUCAGGUCUUAUAUUGGCGAAAAGUUGUUGACAUGGUCAAGAAGUUUGGGUCGACCCUUCUCCAGAAAGAUUUGGUCCUUGUUUUGUAGCAGGGUGCGCGUGGGCGCGUAUAGGGGCGGAUACGUCUGCAACUGAGGUCGAUCAUACAAUACACUUUGCUUACUGUUCCCGAGUUUCG